UGGCCCCAUGGGCUCUUAAGCUUGCAGGUGGCCAUGCCUUUGCCUGCCCACUGCUGGCACCAGUGUGUGUGUGCCACCCUCAGGAACACUGGUGAGCUUGUCUGUGGUUGCAUGUAGGGGGAGAGGUGGGGCCCCGCCCAGCUGUGGGGCUCAUUGAGGGGUCCCCGCCUGCAAAUUUCUCUCCAGCUCAGUCCUAGGGUGUCCAUCCAUCCACCUUUCAGAUGAGGACUGUGAACAGGCCAUACAGGGGGCCUCCAGGGGAUGGACUGGCCAAGAAGUUAAUGCCCACCGCAGGACCUCACCCCGGACUCCCUAGGAGGUGGUUAACAGAGCGGCCCCUUCUAGAACCCGCCCAGAACUUCUAGAACCCGUGCGCGGUCCACCCUGGGCCGCUCCCUGGCCUCGCUGCCCUGCCAGUCGCCUAUGAGCUCCUGCUCCUUCCUGGGCCUGCAGCCCUGGAGAAUUUGUUCACCCAGGUAGGAGCGUCGCUGUGGGCAGCAGGCGGUGGCAGCGGGCGGGCGGCCGGGCUGACCACCUCUGCCUGACGCAGAUGCCUAAGGCCAGGCCCGGCAGCCUGCCCACGACCUCCAUCGGCUGGCGCUUCCAGCUCUGGUCCCUAGGACUCUCCUCUCCGGAGCGCCACUUGGCCAGGCGCCUCAAAAACAAUAGCUUCUACCCAUUCAUGCAGCAGCAGCCAAACGUCUUCGUGCUCGAGUACUAUCUGGACACGCUGUGGAAGGGGAUGCUGCUCUUUGUCGUCUGCGUGGUCCUGGUCAGCUUGGGCUCCCUGAGAGAGGUACAGAAACAGGAGACCUGGGUCUUCCUCGCGUACGGCGUGGGCGUGGGCCUGUGGCUCGUGAUCUCGUCGCUGCCGCGGCGGCGCCUGGUGCUGAACCACACGCGCGGCGUGUACCACUUCUCCAUCCAGGGCCGCACCGUGUGCCAGGGCCCCUUGCACCUGGUCUACGUGCGCCUGGCCCUCAACUCCGACGCCUACGGAAGGUGCUUCUUCCAGCUGGUCCUCGGCGGCCACAGGUUGGAGCCGCUGGUGCUGGUGCAGCUGUCGGAGCGCUACGAGCAAAUGGAAUACUUGGGCCGUUACAUCGCCCGGAAACUCAACAUCAACUACUUUGACUACCUGGCCACCUCCUACCGGCACGUGGUUCGCCACUGGCCACCCCCUAGCACCACACCGUGAUGCGUAAGAACCCCGUGGGUCACAAGCCCAGCUCCUCUCAGUCCAGCCUGGAGGUGUGACACCUGGAGGUGUGAUUCUGAGGGCCUCCUCCACCCCAGGACUGCGUUCUCGGUAACCUCCCAGCCCCACUCUGGGGCAGAUCAAAUUGUGAGACCCACUCACUGUCCUUCCUUUCAAUAAAGCUGCCUCAGCUUCCACACAGGUCAUUUUCGGGGGCAGGGGAGGCACUCUGAUGCCUAGGUCUUCCACUAUUGCACACUCCUAGGACCUCAGAGAGCCAGUGCCUUCCAGCUGGCUGAAGCAAACCCCACAGCUUGGGUUUGAAGGCAGGAACAGCUGGGAGCAAGGGAUGGUAUAUAGUCAGGUCUCUGAGGUUGGGCCCAUCACUAGAGAGGCUGGGAACUCCGGCCUCUCAGCCAGCAGCACUUAAUUUGUCCUACCUGAUCUCAGAAGUGCUGACCAAUGUGUGGAACCCAGAAAUCAGAAUCUGGCCCAUUCUGGAUCUGGUGUCUGCUGCUAUUCCAACCAGCAAUGGGGUGGGGUGCAGCCGGAGAACAAGCUGUACGCCUGAGGUGCAUGCUUGCCCCAAUAGCCACAAAGCUGCUGCCGCUUGCUCCAAGGGGGUGGGCGUGAGAGUCCCAGGCCAGGGUGCAGGGCCUCCUAGGAGGGAGGAUGUGCAGUGCCCCGACGCCUGCUCCAUGCCCGCGGGAACCCCAGGCCCACAACCCUGACACCCACUCCCCGUGCCCGCUGGAACCCCAGGCCCACGUCCCUGACACCUGCUUGCCAUGCGUGCUGGAACCCCAGGCCCACGCUCCCCUCUCUAGUGGAUCCCCCAGCUCUCACUGCAGCACCUGAGGCCUCCUGAGUGCUGGGGGCUGUUGUGGAAGCAGAGAAGGCUGUGGGCCAUGGGGUCCCAGGGAAAGCAGCACCUGGCUCUCUGGAUCUUCAGGCAUUAUCAGCUGAACGUUCCUGCAACCAGAAGCAGCUACGUAAUUUGCAGGGCUCCAUGCCAAAUGAAAAUGUGGAGCCCAUUGUUAGAAAGUUGUUAAGUGGGGUGCAGUGGUGCAUGCCUGUAGUCCCAGCUGCUCAGGAGGCUGAAGCA